AUAACCAGAUCAAUGCAGCUAUAAAAUUAUCCAAAUAACGACGCGCAACUGGAAGCUUGAGCAUGUGUAUUUCACACUUGUUUAUUGGUCCGAGUUCAUAAUUUGAGCCUACCUACUGAUUAACUACUACUCACUGCAUCAAAAGCGAUCCAAACAAUAAUGUCAUUCAUACCUGUCAAGGCGGAUACCGAUCCAGCUGCGUCAUUUGCAACAUCGACACUUAUUUUGCCUACAGUCUCCAUCGGCAAUGUACCGCAAUUAGUGUCUGAUCUACUCAUCUCAACAUUCCAAAUGGAUCGUACUGGAUGGAUUGACGCUGAUUCCGUACUGCCUUUGGCUGGUUUGAGAGAAGAUACUAAGGAACAUAAAGGGGUGACGGUACCCAUUGAAGUAUUUCAAACCAAGGAUCGACUGUAUACUUGCGUACAACAACGUUCACCUACCCUCAAAGGCCGGAAAACCGAUUACAUUCGUGAUAUAACAAUGUUUGCUAAACAAUUUAAAAAAAUUGUUUUAAUGACUUCAAUGGAUGCGGCACGUCGCUUAGAUUCACAAAUUCAAGGAUCGGGUGCGCAUCCUUUUCGAGUAUACAGUAGAGAUGACGGACACGAUUUAAUGAAAAAGGCGCUGGACAUAUUGCAGGUUCCUGUGCUGGAGAAUAUGGCAAUGACGCCGGAAUGGGUUGAAGGAGAUGGAAAGAUCCAUCUAUACGGUUCAGGCCUGGCCAAAUAUUUGUAUGAAGAACUGGAAAGGGAUGAAAAUGUACAGACACUCCUUACUGUCAUGUUUGCUUUGGAAGGAGACAAUGCACAAGAUGCUAUUGAGUAUGCUUCAUUUAUAAACAGUUUAUUGGAUAUAAACACAUCUUUAAAGAGCUGGAAUCCACCAAAAAGCUGGAAUCUGUUAUUUGGCACACCGUACAAUUCCGAAUUAUAUCAAUAAAGUAGGCUCACAUAAAUGAGAGCUUUGGCGUUUACGGAAAAAUAAAAUAAAAUAGAAAGCACCUUUGUAUGAGAAAGUAUUUAUUUCUUAAAUAAUGU